GGUCUGGAUAGAAGCUCAAACCCGCAAUAACAUUCCCUUAGGCCAAGGCCUAAUACAGAGCAAGUUCCUAAUUCUCUUCAGUUCUGCAGAGGCUGAGACAACUAAGGAAGCAGCAGAAGAAAAUGUGACGCUAGCAAAAGUUGGUUCAUAAGGUUAAAGGAAAGCAGCCCUCUCCAUAACAUAAACGUUCAAGGUGAAGCAGAAAGUGAUGAUGUAGAAGCUGCAACGACUUAUCCAGAAGAUUGAGAUGAGAUAACUGAUGAUGAGAGUUGGGGAAAUGGAUGGAGGCAACCAGAGUGAGAACUCACAGUUCCUUCUCCUACAGAUGUCAGAGAGUCCUGAGCAGCAGCGGAUGCUGUUUUGGAUGUUCCUGUCCAUGUACCUGGUCAUGGUGGUGGGAAAUGUGCUCAUCAUCCUGGCCAUCAACUCUGAUUCCCGCCUGCACACCCCCAUGUACUUCUUCCUGGCCAACCUCUCCUUCACUGACCUCUUCUUUGUCACCAACACAAUCCCCAAGAUGCUGGUGAACCUCCAGUCCCAGAACAAAGCCAUCUCCUAUGCGGGGUGUCUGACGCAGCUCUACUUCCUGGUCUCCUUGGUGACCCUGGACAACCUCAUCCUGGCUGUGAUGGCAUAUGACUGCUAUGUGGCCAUCUGCUGCCCCCUCCACUAUGUCACAGCCAUGAGCCCUGGGCUCUGUGUCUUGCUCCUCUCCCUGUGUUGGGGGCUGUCUGUUCUCUAUGGCCUCCUCCUCAUCCUCCUCAUGACCAGGGUGACCUUCUGUGGGCCUCGAGAGAUCCACUACCUCUUCUGUGAGAUGUACAUCCUGCUGCAGCUGGCAUGUUCCAACACCCACAUCAUUCACACAGUGCUGAUUGCCACUGGCUGCUUCAUCUUCAUCACCCCCUUAGGGUUCAUGACCACAUCCUAUGUACAUAUUGUCAGAACCAUCCUUCAAAUACCCUCAACCUCUAAGAAAUACAAAACCUUCUCUACCUGUGCCUCACAUUUGGGUGUGGUCUCCCUCUUUUAUGGGACGCUUGCUAUGGUGUACCUGCAGCCCCUCCACACCUACUCCAUGAAGGACUCAGUAGCCACAGUGACUGUGGUGACACCUAUGAUGAACACUUUCAUCUACAGCCCGAGGAACAAGGACAUGCAUGGGGCUCUGGGAAGACUCCUAGGGAGACCCUUUCAGAGGCCUAAAUGAAGGUAAUUUUGGAAAGGGGAUUGAAGUGGAGACCGGAAAUAUCCUUCACCCACAUAAGGCAUUAUGCUGUGGGAUAUGCAACAGUCAUUAGAGUACAGCUCAGAAUGAGGUGAGCAUAUCUAUCUGUGGUAAAGAAAAGACAAUGUGUAUCCCAGUGCCUCCCAGACCUCACCAGCCUUGGCAAUAAAUAAUGUCAUGCUAACACUACUACCAGGAUUUUACAGGGUCAAAUAUUGAAACCUGCUUGAUCA